AUGAUGCAGCAGAUAGGAGAUGGCCUCACCGAUCUGGCGCAACUACAGUCCACCAUGCAAGCCAUUGAGCUCGCUUGUUCUUCUAUUCAGAUGCAUGUAAAUCCAGCGGCAGCAGAGGCAACCAUUUUGUCGCUAAAUCAGUCGCCACAGCCAUACAAGGCAUGUCAAUUUAUUCUUGUUUUGGAAGAGAAUUCUCAAAUGGGAAUGGCAAAGUUUCAAGCGGCUGCUGCGAUUCGAGAUGCAUCUAUUAGGGAAUGGAGUCUCCUUACAAGUGAGGACAAGAGAAGCUUGAUAAGUUUUUGUUUGUGCUAUGUUAUGCAACAUGCUGGUUUGCCUGAGGGCUAUGUCCAAGCAAAGGUUUCUUCUGUGGCUGCUCAAUUGAUGAAAAGGGGUGGUAAAGUUGCACAUAUUUUUUCACCUUUAAAUGCUGAAUAG